AGGUCUGGUUGUACUGGGAUGCUGCUGUGAAUAACGAGAACGCGAACGUCAGAUGAAGCUCAGCCAAUCGGAGCGCUCGCUUUAAGGUGGCAUCAAACUCUCUGACCAAUCACCGCGCAGUAUUUCUGCCGUUCGCGACGGUGCGGGGCAUCACCGGCAGCUGUUUGCGUUGAGCUUCACGCGUUUGCUCUUCACUGCUUUACCGCAGCAUCAGACCGUGCUCAUCAUGCCUGACAGGGAAAUCAAAUCUCCAAUCUGGCGUCCAGAACCGGAGACGGUGGAGGACGUGUUUGAUCACACAUAUAAAGAGAAAGAAGGGCCCAAACCUCCCUCCGUGGUAGUGUGGAGAAAUGUCAUUCUCAUGGGUUUCCUGCACGUCGGAGCUCUGUAUGGACUCGUCCUGCUUCCAUCAGCAAGUGCUCUCACAUGGAUCUGGUUUUGUGCGUGUUGGUUGUUCAGUGCUCUGGGCAUCACCGCCGGCGCUCACAGACUCUGGAGUCACAGAUCAUAUAAAGCAUCAUUACCUCUCCAGAUCUUUCUCGCCUUCGGAAACUCCAUGGCCUUCCAGAAUGACAUCUACGAAUGGUCUCGAGAUCACCGCGUUCACCACAAAUACUCCGAGACGGACGCCGACCCUCACAACGCUGUGCGAUUUGGCAUAAAAGAGAAAUGUAUAAUUUUGACCCAUACAAUGUAUUGUUGGCUAUUGCUACAAAUAUACCCCAGCGACUUAACACUGCUUUUGUGCUGCAGGCUCACAUAUGUCAGUCAGAAUGGCAGUUUUGGCCAGAAUACACUGUUUAACUGAGUCUGAUUGAACUGUGUCAGGUUCUACAAGUCGUCUGUGCUGCUGAUGUGCUUCUCCGUGCCGACGCUCGUGCCGUGGUUGGUGUGGGGCGAGUCUCUGUGGGUGGCGUAUUUCGUCCCUGCUCUCCUCCGAUACGCACUUGUGCUCAACGCCACCUGGCUGGUUAACAGCGCCGCGCACAUGUGGGGAAACCGGCCCUACGACGGGAGCAUCAACCCCCGGGAGAACAGAUUCGUGGCCUUCAGCGCUGUAGGUACGUCUGAUAGAGACCGAGCUGCUCUGAGCUGGUUUACAGUCUGUGAUCAAACGAGGCAUUUACAGCGUCAACACAACCAGCGCUGA